UUAUUGUUUUGAUUUGCAGCAUGUUUGUGACAUCAUAAUCAGAAGAAUGCUUUGUGACGUCAUGUCGAGCGAAAACGAACGGAAAACUUAUUUUAAGACUGUUUUGAGACUAAAAUCGACUAACCGACGUCAUGGGAAUAUGCCACGCUACCAGCAAAGGGAUUGGAAAGUAGAACCAAGAUCGAUUUUCGACUUUGACCCUUUGGAAGAAGGAAUAGAAUCUCGCAGUUUAUCCCAUCUGCAUAUGAAUGCACCGAAGACAGUUUAUGAAGGUUACGGGCAACGAGACCUCGUCCACUGGUGCGUACCCAAAGUAAAAGGUAUCGAAGCCAAGCCAGCUAUCUCAUGGGUACAUGGGGGAAUUACUCGGCAAUCAAACGCUGACCGCUUGGCAGAAGCGAGCUCAAAGUUUGCUAGGUCAGGGGUUCGAGUCAACGGCGUUGAUAUAAAUCAACUUCUUGCCGAAAAGGACCUCGCAGCACAAAACAAUACUCAAGUACCAGCUAGAUCGGGGGUGCGUGUUAAUGGCGUCGAUAUAAACCAACUUCUUGCCGAAAGAGACGCAGCCGCGCAAAUGGAAAACAAUACUAAGCUACAACAAGCGCUUCAAGCAGAAAAUCGAGAAGAAGUUUUGUUGACGCCGGAUUUUGUGUUUUUGCCACCAGCUUUGCCCCCUAUGAUUGCCCCUUCAGUUUACACACCGGCCCCAUAUAAGCCCACAAUGGCCCCAAUUCCGCAGCCGCUUUAUAAAAAUUUUAACCGCUGCGCAAAGCCAUUUUCCAAGCACUGAAAAAGAUACAUUGCAUGUUGAAUAUAUAUACAACGAAUUUUUCCUUGUGGUUUGGUUUUAUUUCAUAUAGCCGCUUUAUAUACAUUCGUUUGAGUUAAAAUAUGUGCAUAAAAUA